UGAUCAGCCCAAACUGUAAAUUUAUCGCCGUCGUCGUCAGUCGGUCAUACAUAAAGCAGACCAGUUGUUUAGAAUAGAAGACGAGUGCAGAAUUACAACAGAACUUAUCGGUGACUGACGACAAUUUCAUUUCAUCGUCAACACAGUUGAAAAACCAUGAUUCAGUUUGUGCUUCUUAUUAGCCGACAAGGAAAAGUCCGGUUGACUAAAUGGUAUUCUACUUAUUCACAAAAGGAACGGACUAAGGUUAUUCGUGAGCUAAGUGGAGUCAUUCUUGCACGAGGACCAAAACUUUGUAAUUUUGUGGAAUGGAGAGGAUACAAAGUUGUUUAUAAAAGAUAUGCUAGUCUAUACUUCUGCAUGUGUAUUGACCAGGACGACAAUGAACUAGAGAUCCUUGAAAUAAUUCAUCAUUAUGUUGAGAUUCUUGACAGAUACUUUGGAAGUGUCUGUGAGCUGGAUUUGAUCUUCAACUUUCAUAAGGCCUAUUAUAUUUUGGACGAACUCUUGAUUGCUGGUGAACUUCAAGAGUCAAGCAAGAAAACUGUUGCACGGCUGAUAGCUGCUCAGGAUUCAUUGGUGGAGACUGCAAAAGAACAGGCCAGUUCAAUAAGUAAUAUAAUUGCUCAGGCCACCAAGUAGGGUAACAUAAUUGUGGUUGUGCAUGUUUUGGUCAACUCUAAAGUGCCAUCUGUAUUCAAUUUCAUUUCAAGUUUCCUUAUUUAGAGCUGAAUUUGCGCAUUAAGGAUCUUUCAAGAAUUGUACACUUGAUUGCUCAUCAGAUUUGUGUAUAACAGUGUGAUGGAUUUGGCUGAUGCAUCUUUACAGCUAAUAGAAACCUUUUCAUGUAAACACUACAAUUGCAACAUUCUGCAUGUUUUUUCUUGCUGUAAUUCUGCAAAAUAACAAUAUAUAUUUUCUUUGUGAAA